CUGUCUAUCGUCCCAAUCUCGUAUGGAUUUCGCCAACACUGGCCGCUCCAUUUAUUUUGCUUUUUCCUUCGGUCCGCGAAAAAGGAAACUUGCUCCAAGGUUUUUGUCUCCUAAAGUUUGCUGUCAGCCAGCACCAUGCUGAACUACAUUAGAGAGACGAUCAUGGCGCCAGCGACACGCAGCAGUAGUGCUAAUCAAAAUAACAAUACCAAGUCACAGGAGGCCAAUAAGAAUGCUAAGGCAUCCGGGUCCAAGGAUUCUUCUCCAGCUCCAAUGCGAGGCUACAAGGUUACUGAUAAUGAACGAACCAGAAAAUACGGAAUUGGGGCCAACUCCCUAGGAAUGCUGAUAGAAAAGGCUAACAACAAGUUCCCGCUGCCAGAACUGCACUUGUAUCUGGCGUCCGAUGGCUUCGAGGUGUCUGAUGACGAGUACCUAGACAGCCUGCCCGCUCAGACGUUGUUUAUUGUAGCUGGCCCGGAUACUGUUAUAACAACAGAUGCGGACUUUGAAUUUGAGAAAAUGCGUCAGCAGUCGCCGUUGCUGAAAGUGGCAGACAUCUUCUAUGACUUUAUUGAGCAGCAUCCGGAUAAAUUCCGGCGCAUGAUAACGGAGUAUGAACUGCAGAAGCAACGACGCGUCCUCGACAACACCAAGGCGCAUCUGAGUCUGAAGGCUGACCAUGUGGAAUGGUUCGAGGGGGGCGAGGAGCGAUUCCAUUCCAAGGAGGAGGCCAUGGCCAUGCGAGCCCAGACACGUGUGCGUGGUUAUUACUACAAGGCUAAAGAGGAGCUGACCCGCAACCCGCUUUACCGACAAAAUGCCAAGGCUCGGCAAGUGAUUAACUCAGUGUUGGAACAGUUUCGCUAUUUGCUGAUUGGGUGCGACUACUUCUCGAUGAUGUUCAACAGAAAGUUCGAGCAGAAGCAUGAGUUCCUCCAGCAGCAUCAACAGGGGGAGGAAGAAACGGAUGCUGUGAGUGUACCCAGCAAGCGACUAAGGCAGGUGAUUAAGGAGUAUACCAAGGAGAACUCUAUCCUCGACGAGUGGUCGGUUUCACUGUGCACUGAUCUAGGAGACUUUUACUGUCAAGGAUCCUACUCUGAAAAUGGAAACUGCUGCUCGCUGCAGCACAGCAUCAACCCCUAUGCGUCGCGGGAGAAUCUGAUUUUGUUCCAGGUCUGGAACCUGGACCACCAGAUCGAAUUAUGCCGCACCAUUCUGCCCGCUCUUGUGGCCAGCGUGGAGGAACUUAUAUCCCAACCGCAUCGUAAAUGCGCUGUGCACAACAAGCGCGUGGUGGACAUAUCCGUCCUGGAAUACUUUCUUGAAAUAUUUUCUUUGAAAAACCUUAGAUUAGUUCACAUUGUCUGCCACGAAAAGACACCUCGAAAAAAUAGAUCCAACGGCCGUUUGCUGUGUCCGGAAUGCCAUGAAUAUCGUAUUGUACAGGAACUUAUGGAUUUACAGGCCAGCGAUUCGAAGUCCUAA